CUUACUUUCCAAAUGUUCUCUCACUUCCACAGCUUCCCCACUGUUUCCUUGUCGGAUUCAAGUGGUGGACCCAAAGCCAAUGUCUCUUCCUUGGACUUCAAGGCAUUGUUAACAUGAUUCUAAGACAUAUAUCUAGUUCUGCCACUUUGAAGUCCUCUAUGAGCACUUCAGAUGGCUCUCAAUUCCCGGUCAUCGAUCAGCUGGUGCUGUGAGAAUGACUGCCGAGAAAUCCAUGCAAAAUGGAAUCAACUCAAAUACAUUGGUGAGACUCUGGCCAGCCGAACUCCAGCUGAGAGGCAACAAAUCAAGGAGAUGUAUCGAGCCAUGUAUCAUGAGGACCUUGUCGAACAAUUUCACAAGGCUUGGAUGGCCAACCCAAAGAAUGAGAUGUUCAACAUCUUAUACAUGUGGAUGCUCGAGCGUCAUGAGCGCGAUGCCAUGGUUGCAAGGGAUGCAGUAGAGCAGAGCAAUGUUGAUUACAAGGCCCUCAUUGAGAUAUACACUCAUCGGAAAUCAAACCAGCUCUUCUUCAUCAAACAAGCUUACUUUACCAAGUUCAAGAGGCCCUUGGACCAGGAUAUCAUCUCUGAGCCAUCCCACCCACACCAAAGGAUAUUAGGGGCUCUGGCUGCAUCACACAAGUCACACCAUGAUGAUGUCAGUGCACACAUCGCCAAGUGCGAUGCGAAGAGGCUGUAUGAAGCUAGGAAAGGAAGCAUGGGAUCAAUUGAUGAAUCUGUGAUCCUUGAGAUGUUCAGCAAGAGGAGCAUCCCACAGCUGAAGCUGGCAUUCUCCUGCUACAAACAUAUAUAUGGGCAUGAUUACACCAAGACACUCAAGAGUGAGAACAGUGGAGAAUUUGAGGACUCACUUAGACUUGUUGUCAAUUGCAUACAUAAUCCAUCCAAGUACUACUCCAAGAUGUUGCACACAAGCUUGAAGGAGGCAGAUGCUGAUAAAAGUUUGCUGACAAGGAUGAUGAUGGGUAGUGCAGAAGUGGGCAUGGAAGAGGUGAAGUCUGCAUUUUCAAAGAGAUAUGGGAAGAAUCUACAGGAUGCCAUUUGUGAGAGUCUUCCAGAUGGGGAUUACAGAGACUUCCUUGUGGCUCUAACAAAUGCUCCAAUCUCUGGGCAUCAUCUUCAUGUAGCAUCAGCUAUAUAGCUAAAAUAGUCAAAGGUUUCACAAGGUUAUAUUGUCUCAGUAUCAUCAUGUUGAAAGGGUUGGAUCUAA